AUGACUGCCGCAGCCUCAAAGCAAAAGCUCUGGGGUGGUCGAUUCACGGGGAACACAGAUCCUCUGAUGCACGCGUUCAACCAAUCUUUGAAAUAUGAUCAGAGAAUGUACGCGGCAGACAUAACAGGCUCCAUCUCCUAUGCGCGAGCCCUGGCGCGGGCCAAAAUCAUCACUCAGGACGAGCAGAACCGACUCGUCGAAGGGCUGAAGCUCGUGCUCAAGGAAUGGGAGAAGGGGGAGUUUGUCAUCAAGCCAGACGAUGAAGACAUCCACACCGCUAACGAGCGUCGUCUCAGCGAACUCAUCGGCCCGCUUGGUGGCAAGCUGCACACCGGUCGAUCUCGCAAUGACCAAGUCGCGACGGACAUGAGACUAUGGUUGCUUGGACAGGUCAGCGAUAUCGAGAACUCCCUCCGCGGGCUGCUCCGUGUCAUGGUAGAACGCGCUGCCAAGGAGAUCCAGUACUUGAUGCCCGGAUACACUCAUCUGCAGCGCGCUCAGCCCAUACGGUGGUCACACUUCUUGCUAUCGCACGCAUUCCCACUACAGGCCGACCUGCAGCGCCUUCAGCAACUGGUCCCCCGAAUUUCGAUGCUGCCCCUCGGCUCCGGAGCCUUGGCCGGGAAUGGCUUUGCGCUCGACCGCGAGUUUCUCGCAAGGGAUCUCGGCUUCCAGGGUAUCAUUGAGAACAGCAUGCAGGCCGUCAGUGACCGCGACUUCGUCGUCGAGUUCAUGAUGUGGGCGAGCUUAACCAUGACCCACCUGAGCCGACUGUCGGAGGAUCUCAUCAUCUAUUCGACCGCAGAGUUUGGCUUCGUUAAGCUAAGCGAUGCAUACAGUACUGGCUCGAGCAUGAUGCCCCAAAAGAAAAACCCUGAUUCCCUCGAAUUACUGCGCGGCAAGACAGGUCGGAUUUUCGGUAAUAUGUCAGGCUUCAUGAUGUCGCUUAAGGGUCUGCCAUCAACAUACAACAAGGAUCUGCAAGAAGACAAGGAACCUCUGUUUGACACAGUGGACACUAUCUCUGCAUGCUUAAAAAUCGCCGAAGGCGUUAUCGCGACAUUAGAGGUGCAAGCAGAUAGAAUGAGCCAGGCGCUGGAAGACAGCUCUGACAUGCUGGCUACGGACCUCGCGGAUUACCUCGUGCGCAAAGGGAUCCCGUUCCGCGAAACCCACCACAUUUCCGGUCGAGCUGUCGCAUUAGCCGAAUCGCGAAAAUGUGCGCUCAAGGAUCUCACAUUGGCCGACCUCAAGGGCCUGAGCGACAAAUUCGACACCGACGUCACCGAGGUGUUCAGCUUCGAGAACAGCGUUCAGGCCCGCUGCUCAAUAGGAGGUCCUCACGUCAAAAUGGUAGAACGACAGAUUGAGGUGCUGCGAGCUGCGAUGGGGAAUUGA